GUCAUGGAUUUUCGACUGAAUAUUGACAAGAGAAAACACAUUAGCGCAAGGGUGGUUAGUAUGUUGGGAAAAAUAUCACUGCAAAUUGCGGUUGAAGCUGUGGACUACUAAAGAAUCUUUCUGACUGGUAAAUAUGAUUUAUGAAAGCCUAACUAGUGAAAAUCUGGUGAGCCGAUUUCUCUUCGCGCCAAAAUUUUGAAGUGAGUGACGAUCUAGUUUUUCAGGGAAAGGUGAGAGAAAAGAAACUUAAUGCCAACUAAGAUACCAUUUCAAGUGGUUUACAGUUCCAGUGCUGAUGACAACCAUCGUGAGAAAGAGCUAGAGUUUCAUAGUCCCACAACAAAAGGAUGGCAGUCAUCCAGGUUCUGUCUUUAUCCUCAAGAACUGGUGUUGCUGAUGAAAGAGUCAGUGCGCAUAAGGAAACUUCAGAUACUCUCCCAUCAGUUCAUGAUUUCUAGUAAAGUGGAGGUAUUAAUCAGCAAAGUACCUAGCGGACAGUCCCCAUCAUUACUGACAUCCAAGUUUCAACGGCUUGGGUAUGUUGGACUCUCAAACAAUGAAAAUACUGACUUUAAGGCCAGAGAACUGAAAUCCAUUCACCUGGAUGCAGAGGGUCAUUUUGUGAAACUAGUCUUACACAAGAAUCAUGUAAACAAGUACAACAUUUACAAUCAGGUUGGAUUGGUUGCUGUGAAUGUGAUUGGUGAUAGGUUGGACACACCCUUUGACCCAGUGGACUCUGAUUCAUUGAAACAUGUUGACAGUGUUGUGCAGGGAUACAUGAGCCCUAAUGCAGUCAAUGGUCCUGUCUGGGGAAGAAUUAACAAGCCUGAUUACAUCUCGCGCAUGGAUGAUUUGGCCUUUGACAUGUAUCAGGAUGCGGAAACUGCAGCUCUUAUCAGGAAACUGGAUGAAAGGAAGCGAGGAGCUGUAAAGGAGGAAAGAUAUGACUAUGCUAAGAAGCUGACAGCUGUCAUCUCAGACUUAUACAAGGUUGGUGAGAAGCUGGGAAAGUAUGAAGCAGAAAAGAAAAAAGCUGUUGAGUUAGAAGAUUUUGAUCUUGCAAUGGAGAAGAAGAGACAAAGUGAUGAAUUUCGUUUGUAUGUUUACAAACAGCUGGACAUUCAGGAGCUUUUGGAAUUGGAUGGGAGAAAAAUACAUGAACUUAGGCCAAUCAAUAUAACUCCACCACCACUGCCUCCAAUAGCAACAGAUCAGAAUAGACAGCACCCUCCCCCUCAUCACCAUGAGGAAGGGAGGAACACCCCACCCCUGCUGGCACCAAUAAAACGACAACCUUCUCCCAGAGAAGACACACCACCUUUGAUCAGCCCGAGGAAGGAUGACGAUGCUGAUGAUCGACCUCUUCCUGCUUUAAACAAAAGACCCCUUGAGGCUGACCAAGAAGUGGAUGGUGUCAAGGAGCCUCCUGAAAACACUGAUGGACCAGAACCUCUGAAGGAGAAUGAUCUCAGAACUGCAGGAUUUGUCGUUGAAAUUUUUGGUGAGGACUUGGUUCAACAUGCUUAUUCAAAACAAUGGAAAUAUCGUCAGGAAGCAAUGGAGAACGUCGAAAAGGAAAUGUCCUCUGACACACCUCAGCUCAUAUCAGACAAGGAUCCCAAAGCAGUUGUCAAGGCAACAGUGUUCCUGGUACAAAAAGGAAUCAAGGAUCAAGUGUUUUCCGUCUUCAGUGUCUCCCUAGAGGUGUUGCGCUCUUUGGUAAAGACUUACAUUCCUCAACACAAGCUGGCAAAGUCAGAAAUAUCGCAUGUUGCAGAAAAGACAACUCCUCCACUGCUGACAAAAUCUGGUGAAAUGGCUGCGAGAAGUCGCGAUGUUGCCACUGCUAUGAUAAUGGAGUUAGCUGUACACAAAGAUAUUAAGCUUCUGGGUGUUAUACCGGACCAUGCAACACGGCCAUUUAAAGCCAAACAGCAAGUUUCACCCAGGAUGUACAAAAGCAGGAUUGAGAUUAUCGAAAAGCUUCUUGGAGUACUGGAAUUAGACUCUGAUAAACCUGGGAGCCUUUCCACCGGAAAUAUAAUGAGGGUUGUGUUACCGGCACUAGAACAUACCAGUGGUGACGUAAGAGAUCCAGCCUCACGCUUGGUCCUGGAACUGUACAAGAAGGUGAAAGACGCUGUUCGAGAUUAUCUACCACCUGAUGAGCCGGCCACCAGGAAAAACCCGCUCUACAGAAACCUGUUUGACGGGUUUGAUAGGAUCGAUGGAAAGCCAACAGAAGCUGAGAGAAAGGCAAAAGCAAAGACAGCGGCUGCAAACUCAGAAAAAGCCAAGCAGGCCGAGAUUGCGGCAUUACAGGCUCAACUUCAAGCGCUUAGAGAUAUGGCUGGGGAGUCGAACAAAGCUGGGAAUUCUAAGCCAGCAAAAGAAGAACAGAUUGACGUAGACAGAAUGUGUAUCUUCUGCGGUGAGAAGAACGAAUCUUUCACAGAAGAGAUGUUGGAUAUGCAUUACUGGAAGAGCUGUCCCAUGUUAAAAAGAUGUGACCAUUGUGCUCAGGUGAUUGAAAUCUCUGGUGUGAGUGAACAUCUUCUGACUGAGUGUGAGUCCAGUGGCAAAUUUGCUCAGUGUCCUCGAUGUAAGGACGCCGUUCUUAAAGUGGAUCUUGAAGAGCACUUUGCCAAAAAAAAAUGCAGCCCAUCCCAAGGUCCCCGCUGUGUUCUGUGUAACAAAACUCUCGGCAAAGGAGACGAGGCCUGGAGCAAACAUCUGAAAGAAGAAUGUGCUCCAAACAAAGCGAGACUACAGCAGCAAUCAGUCAGCAAAGCUCCAAGCCAAGCAAGUUUGAGGAGUACCCGAGGUAGAGGAGGGAAGACCACACCCCUUGGAAGAGGCGUAGGAAAGGGGAGAGGUAAAGGAGGUGUCGUCAAGCUCAGAUAAUACACGGCUGGCAGUGGACGUCAUCGUUAGGAAAUAAGUAAACCAUAAUAAUCUUGAAUUUUGGCGCCUUAUUUUACCAUGUGAACCUUCUCUCUGAAAUAUUGGAAGUAACAUCACGUCUCACUUUUAAAUCCAUAGUGAUUCUCUUCUAGGCAUGUUAAUAUUCGCGCCAUAUUUUAAUGUAUAAAACUGUCCGAUCUUCGAAUGUUGUGAAGUCCUGCUAUCGCGAUGUUUUCGUCUUUCGAAGUCGAGCGAGGACAUCUGUUGGUAUAUCACUGUAAUUUUGCCAAAGGGCAUCUUCAGGGAUACUCCGCUACCCUUCCCUGCUUAGCAUUUCAAAGCCUUUUUCACUGACUCCAGGGGUGUAAGGUGUAGAGUCAGGACUAUAACAGACAAUCUUUUUGGUCAAUCGCCCCGUGUAAACUUCCCAAAGUAUCGCUUCUCCAUUUGACUGAUGUGUAUAGUGACUAUUUAAUGACGUAUGGUGCCAAUCAUGUGGGAUAAAAAAUGUCGUGCAGGUGUGUCUUACUUUUAUUUAUACUUGAUUCAUAUCAUCCCGACAGUUUGCUUGCAAAGAUUAAAUUGUACAGUAAUUUUCUACUGCCGCUAACUCUAGAUAUAUUAAGUUUUAACACGUUUAAUGUGGUAUUGCUGCUUUGUGUUUGGUUUACAA